UUUGCCUGGUCAUCCUGAGGGUAUUUGUCAUAUUCCAAUGUAUCCAACAUUUAAUGAAAAAAUGAGACAAAUUUUAAUUUCUUCCCUUUCAAAAACAAAAUUAAAUUACCAAACAAAAGGAACUCUUGUUUGUGUAGAAGGGCCUAGAUUCUCUACGAGGGCUGAAAGUGAGGUUUUUCGUCAAUGGAAGGCUGAUCUUAUUGGAAUGACACUUUGCCCUGAAGUAGUUUUAGCUAAAGAAUUGGGCAUUCCUUAUGCUUCUUUAGCUGCUGUAACAGAUUAUGAUUGUUGGAAAGAUAGUGAAGAAGGGGUUAAUAUCGAUUUAGUAGCUGAAAUUAUGAAAAGAAAUUCUGAAAAUUUAAAAGAAAUAUUAUUUAAUGCAAUAAUUGAUAUUGGUGGAAGAAAAGAAGAAUUAUUAAAAGAAAUUAAUGAAACUAAAGAAUUGGCAAUAAAAUCUGUAAUGGAUGGAGGUUGUAAACUUGAUUUUGAACAUAUUUGA